UAUUAAGAAACUGCCAUUAACUAUGCUUUGUUUGAUAUGACAAGUAACUAUGGAGACUGUGCUUCUAAACAAAACCUGCUCGAGUGUCGUUUUUAGUUGCUUCUUCUGUAUUAAGAAAUGUACGAGAAAGACAAGACGCUUCUGCUUGUGGCAACUGCUUCAGCCCUGCCGAACAAUUUGAGCUGUAAACUCCUGGACCCUUCGAGAUCUUCAGAAGCGAUAGGCGUAAUACAUAGCGGAUAUAUUAACAUAAUUCCAACAAGGUCGCAAGACAUUAACUCGCAGUACAUAUCUUGUACUGACAGUGCUGAUAGGUAUUCCGCAACUGUAACCCAGGUUAUGUGGUGUUACCUUAAUUAUGAAGCAUGUCUUGUUGUCGCUUCAACUGUAGGCCUUCAAAUAUUUGACUCAAGUACUCUUGCUUUGAGAUUUUCUCAUGCUUGCAAUGAUUCUCCAGAGGAUAGAGAACAUUUUGCCAGGGGCCUAGCUAAUCCUCCGGGAGACUACGUUUGUGUCGGUAAUAAUAGCGGUGUUCUCAGGAUGUUUGGGAUUGCCGACGAUGGAAACUUGAUAUUCAUAGACAGAAAGCAGAUGCACAAUUCGCCGAUAGCGGACUUGGCCUGUUGUAAGGAACUUCUGGCUUCUUGCGAUGAUGCCGGAUCAAUUGUGCUCUCUUCAAUAACGCCGGAAGAAAUGAUCCAAUGGGCGAACAUCGCCAGCUAUGGCUCGGCAUGCACGAGUAUACAGAUAUGGAGGAACAUUCUUAUUACAGGAUACGGCUCCGGCCAUAUAAGGCUCUUUUCGAUAAACGAGAACAGGAGGGAGGUCACACUCUCCGCUGAAGUCUGCGCUCAUGCUAAGUGGAUAACGGCAAUAGACGUCGCUCCAGAAUCUGGCUUUGUCCUCUCUGUAUCUGAAGAUUCCUUUGCUAAAAUCUGGCAAAUUGUCAAACAAGAUAAUAUUUCGGUUGUGCAUAAAUUCUCUUCUCAGGUAAAAGAUUGCAUGCUAGUUGGAGGUAAAUUUCUGACCUUAUCGGGCUCUAUAUUUGCAGUUUCUAUUUAUGACAGUAAUCUUGUUCAAUGCUUCAAAAUGUAAAAGAUUUCACAGUUAAAUAAAGUUUGGAAUUUUACUUUUAAGCAUUUGUUUAAAAUUGGUCGCUACUGAUCAGUCUUAGUCUGCCUAUAUUCACUGGUUUGUUCUAUUGGUUUU